GUCGUCCGAUCCAUGCAGCGACACGCAGCGGUGAUGGGCGCGGCGGGCGCGUUGGGAACGACGAUGAUGAAAACCCUGCGAGCCAGAGGAUGGCGGGUCGUAGGUAUCGACAGCAAGCAGGUCGUUGAUGGCUUGAGAAGGCCGCCUGUGGGCAUGGAGGCUGGAGUCAUGUGGAAUGUAGUGGUACCAACCAACGGGUCGAAUCCGUCGGAGCAAAAGAAGCAUGUUCUCGGAGAAAUGAAGUUGAUGGGGUUCGGAAACGAAGAAGGGCAGAAAAAGCUCGAUGCCGUGUUGUGCUUCAAUGGCGGGUUUGCGAUGGGUAACGCCUCGUGCGACGAUCUCCUGGUGUCCGUGGAGAAGAUGUACGGAUCCAUCCUUGUGCCGUCCUUCCUCGGAGCCAGUCUCGCGGCCACCUUCAUGCGCCCCGGCUCUCUCUUCCUCCUGUCCGGAGCCCUUGCUGGAGGAAACGUCCCGACCCCUCGGAUCCUCGCUUACGGCAGCGCCAAGGCUGCUGUCCAUCACCUGGUGAGGAGCCUCAGCCACGAGACCUCGGGCCUGCCCGACGGAACUAAGGUGAUUGGGAUCGCGCCGGACAUCCUCGACACUGAGACGAACCGAGUCUCCAUGCCCAACACUCCGCGAGAUAACUGGACGCCGUUGGGCGACCUGGCCAACAAGGUCUGCGACUGGGCCGAGAGUCCUCAAAUGUGCACUUCCGGAACCAUCUACAAGGUGAUCACAUCCCCCUCGGGUACGACCUACGAUGCCUUGUGAACAGCAACAGACAUUC